GCCAUAGCAACAGGAUAGAUGAAGUGUGUAGUUACCAACCAAGAUUAGCCAUGCCACAAUCGUUUGAGAGUUCUGUAAAGGAUCAUGGGUUGAAAUGGAAUACCCAGUGUAGAAUUAUAGGAGUGGAACCUUUAUUGUUUUCAGGGUGGGAGCUGUGUAAGCUGCUUAGAAUAAAUCAUUAAGGUGAAGAUCCAGUUGUAUCCUGGUGACUUCCUAAGAGAGCAAAACCACCAUGUUUAGAGAUACAUGCUGGUUUCCUGCUCCUGUCAAGCUUUCUGUGCCACCAUGAAAUACAGAUCUUCAAACUGCUAGAAUGGGCUACAUGCAAGAUGCUAAAAUAAGCACUCAAUCAGGAUAAAGGACACUUGCAAGAUUUCGUGGAUGGAUUCAGGACCCUGUGACUCACUGCCAGGCCUUGAGGCCCAGCUCACUGCUUGACACACAGUGAAUGUCAGAGGUCGAUAUACAAGAUUAUUUGUCUCCAACCUACCCUGAAAGACCUGGGCAACAAACUGAAGACAUCAGGCUUGGGGAAGCCUCUUUACCCACUGAGCCAUCUUUCUGGCCUGAGACACAGUUCUUUACAUAUAAUAACAAAAACACUGCAAACACCAGCCCUCUGCUUUCCUUUCCCAUUUAGAAAAUGGCAGCCCAGGGAGAAGCCUUUGAGGAGAGAAUUUGUGAGUUUGAUGAUGACUCGGUCUCUGAGUUCUCUACUCUUCUCCGAGUGGAUGCACUUCAAGUCUUCAAGAGACAACAAGAAGAAGACCAUAAAACACGAAUGAAAAUGAAGAAAGGUUUUAAUGCACAGAUGCGCAGUGAAGCCAAACGACUGAAGACUUUUGUGACCUAUGAUGCGUUCAGAUCGUGGACCCCACAGGAGAUGGCAGCUGCUGGGUUUUACUACACGGGUGUGAAACAUGGGGUUCAGUGCUUCUGCUGUAGCUUAAUCCUUUUUGCCACCAGACUGAGGAAAGUUCCCAUAGAAGUUCACCGGAAAUUACGUCCAGUAUGUGAGUUCCUUUCUGGCAAAGAUGUUGGUAACAUUGGCAAGUACGACAUACGGGUGAAGAGUCCAGAGACGCUGCCGAGAGGUGGCAAAGCAAGGUACCAUGAGGAGGAGGCCAGACUGGAGUCCUUUGAGGACUGGCCGUUUUAUGCCCAUGGGACAUCACCACGUGUGCUCUCAGCAGCUGGCUUUGUCUUCACAGGUAAAAGGGACACUGUGCAGUGUUUCUCCUGUGGCGGAUGCUUGGGAAACUGGGAAGAAGGAGAUGAUCCCUGGAAGGAGCAUGCCAAGUGGUUCCCCAAAUGUGAAUUUCUUCAAAGCAAGAAGUCCGCAGAGGAAAUUGCCAAGUACAUACAAACCUACGAGGGAUUUCUUCAUGUAACGGGAGAACAUUUUGUGAAUUCCUGGGUCAGAAGAGAAUUACCUGUAGUAUCAGCUUAUAGCAAUGACAGUGUCUUUGCUAAUGAAGGACUAAGAAUGGACACGUUUAAGGACUGGCCCCAUGAAUCACCUAUGGCUGUUGAAGCUCUGGUCAAAGCAGGUCUUUUCUACACAGGCAAAAAGGACAUCGUCCGGUGUUUCUCCUGUGGAGGAUGCAUGGAGAAAUGGAAGGAAGGUGAUGACCCAAUAGAAGAUCACACCAAGUUUUUUCCCAAGUGAGCAAAAUGACUUCUC